CCUUCUUCCCUCCUUUCUUUCUUUCUUCUUUCUUUUCCUGACCUCCCUGCCUCUCACAAAUCAACUUGGACUUAUUUUGCACACGUUAUAUAUUUAAUUAAAUGUGUAUAUAUGUUUAUAUGUUCAUUGUAUGUCAUUUCCUAGAAUGUGAACUCUUUGAAGACAAGAGUGCUUCAUUUCUGGCUUUCUUUAAUGUCAACCUUCUUUAGAGUUUGGUCCAAGAAAUAUAGAGUUAGGUGGUAUCCAUGGGUUUAUUCCUCCUAAGAAAGCAGACAUAUAUACAUGGGAGCAUAGUUAGUACUGAGCAUGGGGUAGGCAUAGGCAACAGGGGUCAUAAAGACAAAAGCAAAGGGGUGAGAGGUAUAAUCACAAGGUGGUUUGAUCAGAUUAUCAAGAUAAAAAUCAGAGGUCCGGGAGCAGGGUAAUCAUAUAGUGAUUUUAGCAGGUUGGCUGGGUUGGGCUGUUUUUCAGAGGGCAUAAUGUGGCCGAUCAAGUUUGGUCACUGAGCAGGGGGGUUGACAUGGGCCAAUCUGAGUUGGUUCUAUAGCAUAAAAGAGGAAGUUUCAGCUUCAAUUUGCAAAUUAACUGCAAGGAACUUCUAAUGGGCCCAAUUUAAGGAAGUUCAGUUUGCUUCCUGCUUCUGAUUCCAAGGACAGGUUGACCUCUUUUGCAUAUAGGGGAGCUUGAGCAAAUCAAGGUGAUUAAUGUAAAAAUUAACUACUUCAGUUUCAUAAUAGCCAGCUCCUGGCACAUAUUAGAUACUUAAUAAAUUCUCUAUGGUUGAUCAAUUAACCAAGAAAAUUAAUCAUUGCUUUAUGCCUCAGUUUCCCAUACUACAAAAGGAAACGAUUAGACUAAAUGAUCUUCCAGACUUCCCCCCUCUGACAUUUACUAAUCCUUUUUCCAUUGAGCUUCUGUCCCCUAACUCUGCUGGAAAUUCUCAGACCCUCUGACAAGGGUUCCCCAAACCAUGCUGACAAUAAUCCAGAUUCCUUCUUUACAUGUUCCUGGCUAGGACCAAUGGAGCCAAACUGAGCCCCAUAUGGAAUUGAGAGAAGUUGGGGAUAGGGCAGGACUUUAGGAGAGUACAAAGAGAAUAGGCCAGGGAAGCAAGAUAUCUGGGUCCUAAUUUCCUCCUCACUGUAAGACCUUUGCUCAGGAAAAGAAAGAAGGGAAGGAAAGAAGGAAGAAAGGAAGGAAGAAAGGAAGACCUUUGAGGAGGGACAUUCCUUAAGAAAAGAAAGAAGGAAGGAAGGGAAGGAGGAAAAGAGGGAGAAAGGAAGAAAGAAAGAAAAAGAAAAAAGGAAAGAAAGAAAGGAUGAGAGGGGGAAAGGAAGGAGAGGGAGAAAGAAAGAAAGAGAAGAGGAGAGAAGGGAAGGGAGGAAGUAAAGAAGGAAGGAAGGAAGAAAGAAAGAAAGAAAGAAAGAAAGAAAGAAAGAAAGAAAGGAGGGAGGGAGGGAAGAUAGGAAGAAAGAAGGAAGAAAAGAAAAAGAGGAGGAAGAAAACAAGGGAAAGAAAGAAGAAGAAAAAAGAAAGGAAGGAAAAAAGAAAAAAGAAGGAAGGGGGGAAAGAAGAGAAAAAAGGAGGGAAAAAAGAAAAAAAAAAACAAGAAAAAGAAAGAAAGAAAAAAGGAAGGAAAGAAUAUCCAGUAGAUGUUGAGAAAGAAAUGGGCCAUUUAACCCUAUCCAUACAUAUUGACUUAAAAAACCACAAAUUGACAUUAUGUUUUAUUGUCUUUUUAUUUCUUUUGUUAAAUAUUUUCCAACUACAUUGUACUCUGGUUUGCCCAUAAAUUGGAUUGCCACCUUUCCUCCACUGGUAGAUUUGGUUGUUUUUUUCUCCUUUUUUAUUUGUUACAAGAAAAGCUCCCUGGGGAAGGGGAAGGACCUAUUUGGAAAUUAAACAGAUAUAAAAGCAAAGAAUAAUCAAUCCCAAUAAAAAUAAUUUUUAACCAGGAAAUAAAAAACCUGAUCUCAACUCAAUCACUGGAAAUCAAGGAGGGCUCUAGGAUUCACCUUCAUUCAUUCAUGUGAUUCAUUUUUUUUUUAAAGAGAGAGAAAGAAUUUUAAGAGAGAAAAGAAUCAUCCUUUUUAAAGAAGCAUCAUCCCAGGCCUGGAAAAGUCACAUAGUUAGCUCAAGGUCAUACAGUGGACAUGGAUGAGGCCCUGGAAGGGCUACUCUGUGGGUCUCAGUUUCCUCAUCAGUGCUGAUUCUCUGGUAAAUGCUUACCCUAGCUAAUCAACUCUGGGUAUCACACCCAUUGACUCCAGCACACCCUACGCCUGAUUAAUGCUGUGUUUGUCAGUGCUCAGAGCUACCUGCCAGUCUUUCCCAGACAGAGCCAUGGCUGGAGAUUGUGGGGUUGGGAAGGUCUCUAUUCCCUUCCACCUUAACCCUGUCCUGGUUUCAGGUGAACAAUUAAGAUAAAAGACUUAGAAAAUUAGGUUAAGAUAUAAAGACGAGAUCGUUAAUGAAGAGGAAACUGAGGUGCCUCUAAAAAUGGGAUUUUGGCCAAAGUUACGCGGCAGUCAGUGGCCAAAAUGGGAAUCAACCCAGGAGUUUGGGAAGUGACAAGAUGUGGGUGCGUGAUCCAUCCCCACCCAUCCCUACAACUAAUCCUCCGCUUAAAGGUCUCUGAGGAGGCUUUCAGCUCCACUGCCUUCUAGGAGAUCUUAAAGCCCUUUUCCAAGCUUCAGUGUUAGAGAGAGGGGAGGGCUCCUGAGAUGGGAGAAGAGGAGGACUAUGGUCCAGAGUGAAGACUUUCUGGUGUCUGGGGCUGUUUCUCCCUUUAUAAAAUGUGGAGUUUAUUCUAGAUGGUCACUGAGGUCCCCUACAAGCUCUUCCUAUGAUCUGAACUGAGCUGCUAGUGCCCCAUGCCCCUGAUUCAUCGCCUUCCCCUAGCUUCUGGUGGCCAUUUGAGAGAGUCAAAUUAAUGGAUUGAAAAUAAACUUCCUUCAGUGGAAAAAAAUCAGAGAAUGCAAGUUCCUGGAUUUAGAGCCAGAAAUCAUCUAAACCAGCUCUUGGGAAGGAGAUGGAGGGAAGAACUCAGAACCAGUUUAUGAUGUCAUGGGAAGUCAGAGGCGGAGGUGAAAGUGAAAUCCAAGUCUUUGGAUGCCAGAGUUAGGUCUCUCCCAUGUAUGUCAUUGACUCCUCAUGUGAGAUUAAUGAGGAAGUCUUUUCAAAGGAGUGGGACCUCAACUAUAACCUGAAAAAUGGGUCUAUAGUCUAAACAGUCCCAGUUUUUUGAGAAAUUUUCAUGUGACAUGGUGUCCAGGACUUUCCUUCAAGAUGGCUCCAGUUUCACAGAAAACUUAAAUUCCUUCAGGACAUGCUGUGUAGUCCCUUCCCCUCACUCCUCCACACCUUGUACUUGUGAAGCUGGUGGUUUGAACCCAAGGAUAAGACUUUUCAUUUAUCUAUAUUAAUUUCAUCUGAUUCAGUUUGGCUCAUUUGUCUAAUCAAUUGAGAUUUUGGGGACCCCGAUUGUCCAUCAUAUUGCUACUAAGGCAUUACUGGCUACUCAUUGGUUCCAUCUUCUCCUUCAGGUCUCAGUGCACCUGCCCAUACUGUUUUCAAGUCCUUUUGACCAGAAUAGUAUGAGAAGCUUUGGACAAUACCUGGCAAAAUCUAGGAAGCGUCUGGAGUGUUCAAAGAGAAUUAGCAUCUCUAGAGUGAGGGCUGCUGAGCCCUUUUCAAGGGGGCUUCUCCAUUUUUGGUGAGAACAAUCUGUUCCAAUGACCAUGAAGACAAUUGAAACAGCACCAGGAAGUGCUUAGAGCUUGGUCAGACAUCAAAGACUCCAAGGUCAUCCACGCCAUCCCAGGCCAUCACCAAUCAUCUUGAGUUUUGUCCUGCCGUUGGACUGUGAUGACUCUGGAAGAGAUAGCGAGGCUGAUGACUUUGUGCAGCUCUGUCUCACUUCAAUUCAAUCUGUGCAUGAGUCAAAAUAUCACCUGUGAUUCUCUUUGAAACAAAGAACAAAAAAAACAGGAUCUAGGAAAACCACACCUUUUGAAAAUAUCCUACCAUCUAGCUUUGUGAUUUUUCCUGAAUGGAAUGAAGAUAUUCUGAUCUGAGGACAAUAACUCUUUGUUAAGAGGGCGAAAUGGAGACCCAGGAAAGUGGACGUAAUUUUAUCCAAAGACUGAGACAGAAACAACAACAGAAAUCCUCCCCACCAGACACUUGCCACGGAGCCCAUGCUGAUGAGACCGGGAACUCCCACCUCGUCCAGUCCGUGUGACUGCACGUGAAGAGAGCCCAGGGAAGCAAUUCCAAAGUUCACGUUCUUCUGCCCAUGAGAGCUCCCUCCUGUCCAGCUCCUCCCUCCCCUGCAGCUCAACCCCGUCCCAGAAGGCAGGCUCUGAAACCCAAGGGCGCCAACGGCCUGGCUCAGCUCUCCGGCCCGGCUGGUGGUCACUGGGGGGGUGUGGAGGUUGCUAUGAGAUGCUCGGCUGGUGAGUCAACGUGGGAUGAAGAUGAGACGUCAUAAACUCUUUCUGACUCUGUGUAUGGCCGGCCUCUGCCUCAUCUCCUUCCUGCACUUCCUUAAAGCCUUGUCCUAUGUCACCUUCCCCCGGGAACUGGCCUCCCUCAGCCCCAAUCUGGUAGCCAACUUCUUGUGGAACAAUGCCCCCAUCACACCUCAGGCCAGCCCGGAGCCUGGGGGAGCCGUGGGCCCCGAACUGCUCCGAACUCCCCUCUAUUCCCACUCCCCGCUGCUGCAGCCCCUGCCCCCGAUGGGGGCCACCGAGGAACUCCACCGCCUGGAAUUCGUGCUGCCCGAGGACAGGGCAGAGUAUUUCGUGCGCACCAAAGCUGGAGGGGUCUGCUUCAAGCCAGGGACCAAAAUGCUGGAGAAGCCCACGGCGGGGCAGCCAGAGGAGACGCUUGAGGCCGGAGACGGCUCCGUGUCCGGGGGUACGGCCCGCCGCCCACUGACGAUCGGCAACUGGCUGGCCGCGGGGAAAUCGAAGGGCUCGAAACGUCGGAAGUGGGUGGAGUGCGUGUGUCUGCCUGGCUGGCACGGGCCAAGCUGUGGGGUGCCCACCGUGGUGCAAUACUCCAACCUGCCCACCAAGGAGCGCCUGGUGCCCCGGGAGACCCCGCGGAGGGUCAUAAACGCCAUCAACGUCAACCACGAGUUUGACCUGCUGGACGUGCGGUUCCACGAGCUGGGGGACGUGGUGGACGCCUUCGUGGUCUGCGAGUCCAACUUCACUGCCUAUGGAGAACCUCGGCCCCUGAAGUUCCGGGAGAUGCUCCGGAACGGGAGCUUCGAGUACAUCCGCCACAAGGUCCUCUACGUCUUCUUGGACCACUUUCCUCCGGGCGGCCGCCAGGACGGCUGGAUCGCCGACGACUACCUGCGGACCUUCCUGACCCAGGACGGCAUCUCGCGCCUGCGCAACCUGCGCCCGGACGACGUCUUCAUCAUCGACGACGCGGAUGAGAUUCCUGCCCGCGACGGCGUCCUCUUCCUCAAGCUCUACGACGGCUGGACCGAGCCCUUCGCCUUCCACAUGCGCAAAUCCCUCUACGGUUUCUUUUGGAAGCAGCCCGGUACCCUGGAGGUAGUGUCGGGCUGCACCAUAGACAUGCUGCUGACCGUCUACGGCACGGAUGGGAUCCUCCUGCGCCGGCGGCAGUACUACACCAUGCCUGGCUUCCGGCAGUACGAGAACCGAACGGGCCACAUCCUGGUCCAGUGGUCCUUGGGCAGCCCGCUCCACUUUGCGGGCUGGCACUGCUCCUGGUGUUUCACCCCCGAGGGCAUCUAUUUCAAGAUGGUGUCGGCCCAGAACGGCGACUUCCCCCGCUGGGGCGACUACGAAGACAAACGGGACCUUAACUACAUACGGGAACUGAUCCGUACGGGUGGCUGGUUCGACGGCACUCGGCAGAUAUACCCCCCCGCAGACCCCAGCGAACACAUGUACGCUCCCAAGUAUCUGCUGAGAAACUACCCCCGAUUCCACUACCUGCUGGACAAUCCCUACCGUCAAGCUGAGGGGACGGUGGGGGCAAAGGAUGGCGUGAGGGGCGGCGAGGGUGGUGGGACCGGGCCUGAGGGAGCUGUAGCCAGGGCAGCACAGGCAGGGGAAAUCUGAAGACACCAUAAGGCUGCAUGAUUUUCAUUGGGGGGGAGGGCUGGGGAAGGGAAGAGGGGAAAGCAUUAGGGUGAUGCAGUUGUCUUCUGGGGCUAAUUGCUCUCAUCCUUUCUCCCUUCUUAUAGAGGGAGCCCCGCAUGAUGAGAACUUAGGAAGAGGGGCAGGGGGAGGGGAUGAGGGGACCUUAGACACCCCCCUCCCCCAGGAUAUCCCCAGUACCAACCCCCGGUUGGAAGAGCAUCACAGAGAUGCUCUUCUCAGUCUAUCCCUUUGGGGAUCUUUAUUUUUUCUCUCUCCUGCACAGAGAACUUUUCCCCUAGGGAUGGAGGGAGGAGUUUUUUUCUAUUUGCAACGCCAUUCCUUCAGCCUCCAACCACAUUUUGUGGUCGUGGCAAGGCAGGUAUAGGGACCGGCAGGGAGAGAAGGAAGAAAAAGGGCUAGAUGCUGGAUGAUGGAUGGGCAGGAAAGGAACGUGGGUAUGCAGGUGGGCAGCUAGCUGAUCUGGGGUGACUUUUUAUGAGUGGCCCUUGAUUCUCCCUGGGAAACUAGUUUUGGGCUGGAGUCUGGAAGUGGUAGGAGAAGGGAAGGCCAGAGGCUCUAGAAAUACAGUGGAGACCAAGGAAAGGAAGGAGAGGGGCUUGGGAUAGGGACUAGGGGUUGGGGAGAUAUAGCAUUCCACUAGAAAUUAAUCCAGAGAGAGAGGAGUCUGGUUCAAUGAUCCCUUCAAAGUCCCUCCAAAGGAACAGUGGGCAAAGAUAUAGAGAACAGUAGGGGAAAGGAGGCAGUGUCUGGGACUCAUUCCUCAUCCCUUGGGAACCCCCCAUCUCCAGGACCACAGCCCUGUUGUGGCCUUUUAUCUUUAUUUAUUCUGUGGUCCGAUUUGGGAUGGGCAAGGGAGUGGCCAUUGGGAAAUGGGAUCUUCUGUGUUUCUUGGAGAACUGCACAGGGUCAAAUAGGAAGGAAGUGGGGUAGAUGCAGCAAGAUCCCCCUUUCUCUUUCUUUAACUUGGGGAGGACCAGACAGAAACAUUAGCCUCUAUAUAGUAGGACCUUGUCUCCCAACAUCUUGCUAGGUCCAGAGCCUUCUCUGAGAGAGUAGACAACCAAUGGGAACCUUAUUUUCUGUUCCCUUCCCCUCAUUCUAACUAACUCUGUUAGACUGGAAAAAGCUAGAACUUAGGGUAAUUCUAGAACCAUCUCUGUGCAGUCUGCCCCUUCUCUGGGCCCCCACUUUCUCAUCUGCUAAAUGAGGGGAUUGGACAAAUCCUUCCCGGCUCUGGCAUGCCAUCCAACUGAUGGCUUGGUUGAAGGGUGGACCUCAUUAUACCUGUCUUUGACUUCUGAAGGGCAGUCAUCUGGAAGACAGAUUUUACGAAGGCUGCUUGGUCCCAGGGGACCAGGGCAAGAAGCCGUUAAGGGAAAAGAUAAAGAGAUUGAGAACUGGAAGGAACCUUAAAGACCAUCUUGAUUGACCAGGACUGUCCUGCACCCUUUGGGCAGUCUGCUGAAGCCGAUGGACCCUUUUCCGAACCAUGUUCUUAAGUGCAUAAAAUAAAAUACAUAGGAUUGCAAAGGAAAUGAAUUAUAUGGAAAUGCUAUUACCAAAAUAUUUUGUUUAAGUUCAUGGACCCCAAGCUUAAGAAUCUCCCCCCAACCCAAAUGCUCUCAUUUUUUAGAUGAAAAUAAUUUGGGACUCAGAUACCUUGAGUAGCUUUCCAAGGAUGCCCAGGAAGUUAAUGGCAGAGCUGGGAUGUCUCCAUGCUCUUUCCACCCGUAGCCACAGACUUCAUAAUUAAAUCCAACUCAGAGUGGAAUGAGCUCUCCCUCCCACUACCUCCAUCUCCAAGCAAAAGUCAGAUGGCUACUUAGUGUGUACAUCGCAAGAGAGGAUUCUUCUUUAGCUAUGGCGGCUAUUAUCGGCCGGGUGGCCAUUGGUCCCUGAGGUUCAGAACUUUUGUGAUUCUCUGUCUCCUUCCCACCCUGUAAGGAUCCCACUUUUCCUCUUUUUCCCCACACCAUCUCCCACCCCAGCUCUCCCUCUCUAGAUCAGAUUAUAACCUUCUUUGGGGGAUCCCCAAAGUUCAUUCUCUUUGAAGGGACUUGUGUAUCCUUCAGAUGAACACUGUUGGGGCAGGAAGGGAACAAAGUGCUUCUUAAGGGGGUAGCAUUUCUAACCCCCAGUGGAUGGGUGAAGAAUGAGCAGAGAGGAAAGGCAGGGGGUUCCAGGCUGGGGAGAUUUGGGGGGCAAGCCCAGCCUCCAACCCAAGCUUUCCAGCUGGGACUAAAUCAUUCUCUGUGGGGGGAGAGCCUGGGAACAGUAUCUUCUCCAUUCGGGAGAGGAAAAUCAGCCUUUGUCCUCCCUAACCCUGUGCUACCCCCACUCCAAGCAAGUUUCUGUUGGUGUGUGUGAGUAGAUGCUACCAGCUCUGCUCAAAGGCAGCCCUCCACGAGUGGGUCUGAAUAUGCAUGUGUGUUUUAUGUGUGUGUGUAUGUACAGGACUCUAGAUUUAGAGCUGGGAAAGACCUUGCUGUUCAUGGAGUCCAUCCCCCCAAUUUUACAGAGAAAGAGGGAACGACCACAUUUCAAUGUCUUACAUUAUCCUCCUAACAAUCCUGCUAGGCAGGUACUAUUAGCAGAUUUGACAGAUGAGGAAACUGAGGUAUGUGAAUAAGGAUUUGAACUGGGAUUCAGCACACUCUCCAUUGUUGCACUGGGAGUGAUAGAGUAUGUGUGUGUGUCCCUAUUUAGACUGGUCUAGUUGCCUUGUAGCCUUAGGUUUGUAUCACCCUAGGCAAGUCACCUCCUAGGUCAAAGUUUCUUCUGUCAAAUGAGAAAAAGAUGCAGGUCUAUCCAUCAGCAAGCAUUUGCUCCAAACUGUGCCAGGUAUCCAAAUGGGCUUUCCCCUCCCCAAGUUCACAGUCUAUAGAUUCUAUAGGAACAUAAAUCUAUAGAAAAGCUCCCUGAGGCUCUGCCAUUCUGUUAGAGAAUGAGCAGAGCUAUUUGUCCAGACCUUCAGGCCAUGGCUUCUAUUCCUCCCCCUUCCCCUGCAAUGUAAGUUCCCUCCUUGCGGCUUCUCUCCCCUUAACUAUAGAACCUUUCCCAGGACCCAUCAGUGUACAGAGCAUAGCCUCAUGGACUUGGAGCCAUGAUCUGGCUUAGAAUCCUCACAAGGAGGGCAAACUACCUCCCCUCUCUCUCUGCCUCAGUUUCCUCCCCUGUACAAGGUGGGGUGUGAUCCCCACCAGCUCCAGAUCUAGGGUCCUACUCUUCCCAUCUGCUCACUUGUCCUGCGGCUCUCCCUUUACCAUUCUCUGCUCAUCUCCCCAGCCUGCAGCUGAGACUUGUCUUUUGGGUAGGGUCUGACUGGAGGGCUCGUGACCCCUGGGGGGGGGAGAGCUUGCCACUUCUGAGCUGUAUAUGACAUUGGCCAAGUCACCGUCUGGGUCUCAGUUUACAGUUUUCUGUAACAUAAAGGGUGCAUGAGAGGCCAGCUGUCCUGGAAGGUCUCUUUCAACUCAAGAUUUCUAACCCUCUGAUGGUGAGGGAUGGAAGAGCUGGGCUACUCUCCAGUCUUAUAAUCAUCGCCCCUGCCUCCCACUUAGUCCAGGCUGCUGGGCGGGUGUGGGUGGGUAGGAGGGUGUUGCAUGCUACCGUCCUUCCUCCUGGGAGGGCUCCGUCACGGUGGGUCCUAGAUACAGAUGCAACCUCUUGAAUCUGAGCCCUGAGAGCACAUGGGCUGAUGGAGGAAAGAGGUGAAGGUUAGGAGUAAAGGGAGAUUAUCCUUUCCUACUAAUUCCCCAAGGAGGUUCCGUUCCUAAGAAGGGGGGGUUCUCAUUGAUCCAGCAUGAGGUCCACCCUAUCGCGUGAAAACAAGUAAUCAUCUCUGAGAAAGGUCGCCCUCAAGUAGCUUCCAUUUCAAAUUUCUUUUCCUAUCUGAGGAGAUUGGGUGACUUCAAACUCCUCCGGCCCUAAAUCCUCUAAUUUCAGGCUCACAGGCCCUCAUCCUGACGUGAGCCUGACCCCCUCCUAAUUUUAGACCCGAAGUCUCCUCCUGCGUGUUAUUCCCAACACAGACCCACGGCUGGCUCAGUUACCCUCCCCCCCAUGGGAUUGAACACUCCCUUCUCCCCCCACCAUGGUGGGGGAUCUCGGUUUGAAAAUACACUGGUUAGAAGUAUCUCCCCCCCCCCCCAUUCCCACCUCCCCUCCCAGAUGUGGGCAUUCUGAGGGGGGUGGGGCUGGGGGCAGAAAGUGGGAAGACAGAUUCACAUGCAAUACACUGAGGAAGAGAAUUCCUUCCACCUACCCCCACAUAAUCUAAGAGAAGUCACUGUUGAAUCAAAAUCACCGGGCCCUCCCCACCCUCAGUGACUUAAUCCUCUGUUUAUCCUCCUGAGAUGACUGGGUGCAAAGGACCCCAGGAACUGUGGGAGGAGAGGGAGCUGAGCCCUGGAAACUGUAAUUUAAGGAGACCAAUAAUGAUGAUGAUGAUAAUAAUAGUAAUAUUUUUUUUUGUAAGGAUGAAUCCAAAUGUACACUCUGAAAUCAUUUUCUCUGUAAAUGGUUGGAUUUCAUUUCACCCUUAAAGGGAUGUUUAAAGGAGAAGAUAAUAUUAAUAAUAAAAAAAAUCCAGAGCUACAAAGCCUGAAAAGAA